AUGCCUGAUUGGGGAUGGGAGUGGAUGUUUGGGCUGAUUGUGCUUGAUUUGACAGAUUUCACCAACGGGUGCUUUAGGAAUUAUCCAGAACGACAGCUGAGCCAACAUGGCACCAGCAGUGUGGAUGCACCUGUUACUGUUGUUCAAAUGCCCAGAAUCACCACCGAUUACAGAAUCCUCCCAUAUAUUGCGAUAUAUCAGCAGAGUAUCCAAAAAGCAGCAUUUUAA